UUUGGCUAGCGGCUGGCAGUUUCCAGAGCGCUGCCUUCGUGCGGGGUGUGCUGCACCGGCGACCGGGAAACUUGAGUUUGGGAGGCAUCUGUGGGCAGAACUGCUUUCUCUGACCGAUGCCAGAGCCUCCGGACCCCGCCGAAACCUGGGCGAAGUACUUGUGCUGCUCUGGGAAUCUGCGCAAUCGUAUUUCUGCCUUCAUUUGGGGGGAAACUCCUGCAGAGGCCGAGCCGGCCGUUAACUUGGUCAACCCCCCCCCCUCCCCGAAAGGCCUGCGUGCGGUUGUUCGGUGUCCUGGAGGCCAGAUGCCCGGGGUUAGGAUCCAGACUAGCCGAGCUUGAAAUUGGGGGCGAACCUAAACAGAGCCGCGAUACACAACGGUUUCAUUAGGGAUAGCGAAUGAAGACGACCGGUUUAAGGAGAUUUCACUGAUGUGUGGGUGAGAAAACCAUGAGUCCAGUGAGGUUACGUGACCAGCCCAAGUUCGUACAAGUUUAGUGCUGUAUGAUCUCGGAACUAAGAAUACCCUGUAAAUAUUCAGAAAGAUGUUUCAUCGAAAAAGUAUAUACUCACUGAGGCCUCAUUCUGCCUCUCAAAUGGAAUGGAAACAGACUGUAAUCCCAUGGAGCUAAGUAGCAUGUCAGGAUUUGAAGAAGAUGCGCAGCUUAAUGGUUUUGAAGAAGCUGAUAUGAAAGAUAUGAAGCUAGAAGCUGAAGCAGUUGUCAACGAUGUUCUCUUUGCUGUUAACAACAUGUUUGUCUCAAAAAACUUGCGCUGUGCAGAUGAUGUGGCCUAUAUCAAUGUGGAAACAAGAGAGAGGAACAGAUACUGCCUGGAGCUGACUGAAGCAGGGCUCAGGGUGGUAGGCUAUGCUUUUGACCAAGUGGACGAUCACUUACACACCCCCUAUCAUGAAACAGUCUACUCUUUGCUGGAUACCCUCAGCCCUGCCUACCGGGAAGCAUUUGGAAACGCACUCCUUCAAAGACUGGAAGCUUUGAAAAGGGAUGGACAGUCAUGACUAAGCUUUUUCCUUCUAGAGGGGGCUGCUGCUGGUACAAAAUGUUGACAUAAAGCUUGAAAUUCUUACAUAUUGUCAUAGUAGAAAAUGCAUCUUUGGUUUUAGGUCUGUCAUUUCUUGCUUCAAAUUUGGGCUUUUGACUCAUAUUAUUAUUGACUAAUGGAUUCUCUUUCUUAGUUUUGGAUUCAUUAAGGGAAUCCUGAGGCCAUUGCUGUGACACCAUCAUUAAGACCUUCAAAUUUCUUCAUAUAGUAUCUCUGCGUUUCAAAACCUAAUCAGUAUUUCAUUCUGUUGUUUCAGGAUUUCAAUGCUGCCAGCACUGUCUUUUACAUAGGAAAUUCUAGGUUUGCACAGUAAUAGACAGGAAUUAAAAUGACCUAACUUCAGACUUUGAUUCAGCUUGCUGAAUCAGGGGUCUGCUACUAGCUUGGACUGACUUUGUAGUAAUUAUUUUGCUACUAGCCUUAUCGGAAACAAAUUAUCAACUAGUUUCCCCUGCACAAAUUUUGGAAUUCACUGCUUCACCUGAUCUAUUUAUAUUACUAAUAUGGACUGAUAACGAUGAAUUAAUUAUAUAUAUUACUUCGCUAGUAUUAAAUGGAAAACAGGUACUGAAAUGAUAGUUCUGUAUUCCUUGUUUGCAACAGCCAGCCAACUAAGAGGACAAACCGUUAGCAAAUGAAUGUAGUAAUCACUUGUUUCCAAGAUAUUGAAGCACAUAAGCAAAUAUAGGAACAGGCUCCAUUUUUCUUAACAAAACAACAUCUUCAGUGUGUGUGUGAUUGAAAAGGAUGAAGAUUCUGAUGUCCUAGAAGACAAUAUUUUGGCCUGUGUUGAUUCUUAUUAUGAAUGUUUGUUUACAUAAUGUACAGUAUAUAUGCAGAAAGUAUUUUUGCUUCUACGUUUGCUUUCUCUAACGCAGUGCUCUGGUAUCCCCGCUGCUCCCCCCACCCCCCGCCCUUUCCCAACAGAUGCACAGUGUGCUGUCUCCAUGCUAAAUCUGAAUGUAAUGUGAGUGCAUCGUGUGGGUUUGAAACCAAAGGAUGAAUGGAACAUUCAGAAGCUUAAUAUUUAAAAGAGGGAGACUCGGUUUUUAUAUUUGAUUACAGGUACUAAUAUUUAUAAAAAGAAACUGUGCCAUGCUGCUACAUGGUUUCAAGUACACGUGGGAUACGAAGGAUCGGGGAGUCGACUUUGUAGUAGCAAUCUAAAGCAGCAGCCGUGGAAAUGUCGAACUACAUUCUGCAUCUGGACGCACCUCCGUAAUUUGUCAUCUGCGGACCUUUUUGAAUCGUGAUUAGGCAAUAGGUACUUUUAGGCUCUGAAGGUCAUGUAGACCAGAUUGAAGUUUGGUUUGUAUCAGUAUUCAUUGUCAAAGGUCACCGCAAGGCUCUAACUACGUUUGCUAAAUGCGUGUUCAUUCACAACUUUAUUUUCAGAUGCUAACUGUUUGGGCAGUGAAGUCCAACUGCAGGUCGGAUUUUCUCACGCUUACUCUCAGGCUAAAUAAAUGUAAAGGAGAUUUGUAAAGUUUGAAUAAAAUUCUGUUUACUCAUUCUGA